GAGCCCAGAGCAGCAACUGUUAGAGCAGAGCUAGAUAGAGAACACACACUCCCUGACUGAGACACAUCACACCAAAAGUGCAAAAGUCCAUUCAAAACAACAUCCGUCCAAGAAGGUCAAAACCUGAUUGGAAAAGUCAUUUUGAUACAGAGAAAAAAAAAAAUCAAGAUUAAUUCUGGUGAUUAAUUUUGAUGAAUCUUAGGGAAUGAGUUCAAAGGACACUUUUGAUUUUUUCUGAAAAGACAAGUGGAUCUUUACUCAUCUCUGAGAGACACAGGAGAGCAAGAGGACAACUGGAGAACGAGAGCGAGACAGAGCAACAGCAUCUUCCUCGGCAUCAGCAGAAGUGUGCUGAAGUGACUUCUCCACCUGCCAGGCAGCAGCGUGCACCCAGCCUCCCGGCACUCUUCAGCAACAGCUUCCAGUCCAGCCUCUGCCCUGCAGCUCCAGUGUCAGCAGAGGAUGGCUGCAGCCAAGACCGAGAUGAUCCUACCAACCCUGCAGAUCUCAGAGCCCCUGAGCUUCCCUCACUCCCCCAUGGAUAACUACCCCAAGCUGGAGGAGGUGAUGAUGCUGAGCUCGGCAGGCACCCCCUUCCUCACCGCCUCCGCACCCGAAGGUGCAGGCUUUGGUUCCGGGGAUCCAGGAGAUCAGUACGACCACCUUGCUGGAGAUACGUUACCUGAUAUCCCCUUCAAUUGUGAGAAGUCGGUGGGUGACCAGACCUACGGCAGUCAGAGGCUGCCCCCCAUCUCUUACACCGGCCGCUUCACGCUGGAGCCCGCCACCAGCUGCAGCAACAGUCUCUGGGCAGAGCCCAUCUUGGGCCUGUUCACUGGUCUGAUGAGCAAUGUUGCCUCCAACUCCAGCUCUUCCUCUGUUGCCUCACAAACCACCAUGUCCACCUCUUCAUCUGGCCUGUCCUCCUCCACUUCUACCUCUUCCUCAUCUCAGAGCUCCAGCCUCAGCUCCUCCAUUCACCACAGCGAGCCCAACCCAAUCUACUCAGCCGCCCCAACCUACUCCAGCCCCAACUCCGACAUCUUCCCAGACCAGGGCCAGCUUUUUCCCGGUUCGGCAGGAUCAGUUCAGUAUCCUCCCCCUGCCUACCCAAAUAGCAAGCCCUGUGGCGCCAGCUUCCCCGUGCCCAUGAUUCCUGACUACCUUUUCCCCCAGCAGCAGGGAGAGAUCAGCCUGGUGUCCCCUGACCAAAAGCCCUUCCAGAGUCAGUCCAGUCAGCCCUCCCUCACUCCUCUGUCCACCAUCAAGGCCUUUGCCACCCAGACAGGCUCCCAGGACUUAAAGAGUGUCUACCAGUCUCAGCUGAUUAAGCCCAGCCGCAUGCGCAAGUACCCCACCCGGCCGAGCAAGACACCCCCCCACGAGAGGCCCUAUGCCUGCCCCGUGGAGACCUGCGACCGUCGCUUCUCACGCUCCGAUGAGCUGACACGACAUAUUCGCAUCCACACAGGACAGAAACCCUUCCAGUGCCGUAUCUGCAUGCGCAACUUCAGCCGCAGCGACCACCUGACAACACACAUUCGCACGCACACUGGUGAGAAGCCCUUCGCCUGCGAGAUCUGCGGACGCAAGUUUGCCCGCAGUGACGAGAGGAAGAGGCACACGAAGAUCCACCUGCGGCAGAAGGACAAGAAAGCAGAGAAGGCAGGGGCAGUGGUGGUGACAGCAGCGCCGGUGCCAGCCGCUUCACCUGCCUCCAGCUACCCCUCUCCCAUCACCUCCUACCCUUCUCCUGUGUCCUCUUACCCCUCUCCAGUCACCUCUUGCUACUCCUCUCCCGUCCACACUUCCUAUCCAUCUCCUUCCGUGGCUUCCACCUAUCCAUCGGUGUCGAUGUCCUUUCAGUCUCAUAUCGGCUCCUCCUUCCCCUCCUCUAUCACUUCCAACAUCUACAGCUCCCCCGUCCCCACCCCGCUAUCAGACAUGCAGACCACUCUCUCCCCAAGGACAAUCGAGAUCUGCUAAGAAAGAGCAAAGACAAAAACUUUUUAUAAGGCUCUCUGCACCUCCUCUUCCUUAAGGUUCUUUGAGGGGAAAGAAUUCAGCAUCAAAAGACUUUGCUUUCCCUUCCAAAAAGCACUUUUCUGUCUGCUCCCUGUGCAGUGGUAGGUGAAUCUUGAUAUUUACCUGAAAGAGAGAAAAAAGACACAUGUCAAGGACUGGGCAAAGACAAUAGAAGAUGAAAAGGGAAUUUUUUUCUGUCUCUGUAAAACAAAUGCAGCACUUCAAAUGCAAAAGGGACUCGACUGAUAGAGAGUAGAAAGCGCUACUGACGCCUCUCUACUGCUACUCAGACACCAAGAGAAAAACAGGUUGCCAGCCAUUGUGGUGCUGAGGCACGUUCGCCCUUGGAGGCUUUCAUACAGUACAAAAGACAUUGAAUAAUAUACAUAACCUACAAUAUAUGUAUAUUGUACAUGUGCCAUUUUCGUUUUUAUCAUUCUUUGGUACCAUUGAUGUGAAAAAUGAUUUGCAUAUUUGCAUUGUAUUAUUUGAAGUGAGCAGGGCCAUAUUUUCUACAUUCUUUCUCUAUUAUGUAGUGAUGAUGCUGUGAUACGUUUUGACAUUGUUUGAAAAAAAAAGCACUUAAGUAUUCAAGCAUGAGUAAGAGUGAUGUUAGUUUCUGUUUGUAAAUAUCAUCCACUGGUACUAUCUCUUUCUCUCUUCUCACAUGUGACAUAUCGCUCAGUUAUAUGGAAAACUAGAGAAAAGGAAAAAAAAAACAUCUUAAAAAAAAUUAACAAGACAAACGCUCCCGUUAUUUGGUGCCUUUUGUGAAGCCUUGCUGAUGUUGUGACUCGGCUGCGCGCGAGAGAGAGGAUGCGCUGCAUCUCGCCUUAAAGGUUGAGGGAAUAUUUUUGUUACAGAAUGUAAGUCAUAGUCAGAGGGAGGACAAGGGACGAGCUCUGAGGGCACCGCUUCAUUUCAUUAGAAUGUAAGCAAAAAAAGGAGACAAAUUAUAAAGUAUAUUUUUGUAAAACUGAAAUGUAAAUAUCCACAUCUUCAAGAGCUGGAAUGUUGAAGUUACCUACUGAGUAGGCAUGGGAUUCUUUUGUAUGUUAUAUACAUGCAGUUCAUUAUUUUGUGGUUAUCUUUAUUUUGUAUUUGUGUUUGUUAAAACAAGUGACUGUUUCUGGCUUCUAAACACAUUGAAUGCGCUUAACUGCCAAUGGGAUAUUUGGUGUACAAGAUAUCCUCCCAGAAAUUAAAUAUAAAUAAAAAUAUGAAUAUAUAUGUA